AUGAUGGAUUUUGAAUAUCAACCAUAUGGUGGCGGUGCAGCUCAAGCAACAACGAAUCAACCAGAUCAUUACUUCGGAGGAUCGUAUGGUGGAGGCGUUCAAAGCAUUAGUCGACGUGAAAUUAUCGAACAUUUCGCAGAAUUUCGUCGAGCUAUUCAUGAAGGACCUGUAACACUUGUUCAACAUUAUUAUAAUUCAAAUUAUGAAACAAUGAUACAAAACUAUAAUACAGAAUGGCCAUCAGCUGAAGCAUUAAAAGAACAUGUCGGAGAUGAUGCAUUAUUUCUUACUUUAUACAAGGAAAUGUAUUUUCGACAUAUCUAUGCAUCAAAACCCGGUGGUGUUUCGUUAGAAGAACGACAAGAAUCCUAUAUGAAUUAUAUUGAUCUGUUUAAUUUAGUUUUAGCAAAAGAUCAACCAUUAAAAAUUGAAUUACCAGAUCAAUGGUUAUGGGAUAUCAUCGAAGAAUUUAUCUAUCAAUUUCAAUCAUUUUGCAAUUUUCGUACAAAAUUAGCUAAACGAACGGAUGAUGAUAUUGAACAUUUAAAACGAAAUAUUAAAAUCUGGAAUGUUCAUGCUGUACUUAAUGUUAUGCAUAGUCUUGUUGAUAAAUCACGAAUUGUUGAACAAUUAGAAGCCGCAAAAAAAAGGAGUUUAAUUGGUUUAUUAAAAUUACAUACAUUAACAAGUGAUUAUUAUAUGGCAUUAAAAACAAUUGAAUGUAUUGAUUUAGAUGUUACAAAACAAAAUGAUGUUUGUCAAGUAUUUCAUUGUAUUGUAGCAACAAAUUAUCAUGCAGGUUUUUGUUAUUCAAUGAUGAGAAAUUAUGACGAUGCUAUUCGAGUAUUUGUUGAUACAUUACUUUAUAUUCAACGUAGUAAACCAAUUAUGGUUGCUCAAACAUUUCAAAAUGAUGCAGUUAAUAAAACAGCUGAUCAAAUGAUGACAUUAUUAGCUAUUUGUUUAACAUUAAAUCCAAUGCGAAUUGAUGAAACAAUCUAUUUACAUCUUAAAGAAAAAUUUCUUGAUAAAUUACCUAAACCAUUACUUUGGGUUGGUCCCGAUGGAAAAUUACCAUUUCGAGAUAGCUUUGCAUAUGCUUGCCCGAAAUUUAUUAGUCCUGCACCGACAAUAUUCGAACAACGUAAUGAUUCACAAUGGGCUGAACCGUUCAAUAGACAAAUCGAAGUAUUUACCGAAGAACUUCAAGAACAAGCAUACAUUCCUGAUGUUCGAAGUUAUUUAAAAUUAUAUACAACAAUGAAUAUCGAAAAAUUAGCAUCAUUUAUGGAAAAAACACCACAAGAAGUAAAACCAUUAUUAUUAACAUUCAAACAUAAAUUAAGUGGUAAUGAUGCCGCAGAAAAAACUGAAGAAGAUUUUCAAUCAUCAGCUGAUAUCGAUUUCUACGUUGACAAAGAUAUUAUCUAUAUUGCUGAUACAAAAAUAACUCGACGUUAUAGUGAUUAUCUUGUUAAACAAAUUCUUAAAUAUCAAGAAUUAACACGAACUAUCAGUGAAGGUUUGACUCCACGUCAUGCUGGUAACAAAUGA